AAUCUGAGAUAUUACAAGCCAAAAGACUAGCACCAGAACUAUAUGUACAUGCAUUGCACGUGACAAUACAGUCACCGAUGACUACCUCGUCUAUGGGAGGCCUGUAUAGGCUCAACCAGACAAGACUAGCUCAAUCAGCACAAGACAAGAUGCCCACAAGCACUAGACCCAUACAGCUAGAGUCUCUGAUAUCAACCUUAUUAAGGUCACAUGGUGCAGAUGGAGCUGGUCCUUCUGGGCUCCAGCUGUCAAAGAAUUUAUGCCGCCAGGGUCAACGAUGAGUCAGCCGUGGCUGCACAGGUGACAAUGUUGUCGAUCGCCAGAUCCUGUACGUUUGUGGGAAUGAAUUGCAGGGUGUCCACGACACAUCCAGGAGCGAAAACCACAUAUUGCGGGGAGUUGAACGGGGUGAACGAAAUGGUGCCAACCUCACAUGCAUUGACACGAGCACCAGCCAGGGUCCCAAAGAUCUCCACCUCUGCACCAGGGCAGAAGCCCUGGGUUAGCUUUCGGGAUUGUGAGCCUUGAAUGGUGCCGCAGGUGAUGGC